CACGCACCUACUAUAUCCGCUUCAAACCCUAGAUGACCCCCAACGAACUUGAAUGGAUGAAGCUUCAGGAAAGACGGGCGAAUCCUUGGGUUAGGUUCGUCCAACCUCCUCCCAUGACUGCCCUCUCCCUUAAGCAGUUUGCAGAAGCCUUCUUCGGAGCCGUCAAAAAUCAGGAAGGGAAGUGGACGACAGAUGCCGAAGGCAAGGAAUCGGUGCGCUUUGACCUGCAACCGCCGCUCAAGAGCCAGGCCCUGGAGCGCUUCUCGAUGGACCAAGCGUACUACGGUCAACCAGAGAGACGAUGUGUUACUAGUGAGACGCCGUGGUGCGAAAACUGCCACAAACAUGGCCAUUCGGCGGAAGCAGGACGAUACUUGACGCAGGCGGAGACCAAGGAGGAAAUGAUCUACCGAGAACACCGUCUUAAGAACAACCUUGGCCUGCCGGAGGAUGAACACACGGAGAUUGCGGCAUGGGCGCACUUCGAAAGCGAAUAUGAUCAAAUAAUUUUUGCCGAAAUCACCAUGAGCGACAACCUUGGGUAUGUGAAGGAGAUGGGGGAUGCAGCCCUCCUACCACACCAGAAGAAAGCGUCUCAUGCUGAGGUACAGGGGGGCAGGGACACGAAGAAUGACAAUCGAAGGCUGGGCAGAGGCCACCACCGCCGCGCCGUUGACGAAGACCGAGCAGAACGAGACGACGAAGAAACUCACAGAUGUCGGGGGAACGCACAGACAACAGGGAGGAGUGCUAUGGAGAUCGAUCUGAGAGGGCAAGAAGAGGAGCCUGGACCAAAACAACAGGGAGAGCAGCUGCAAAACCUAGGCGAAAACCGAAAGGCCAAGAGCAAGCAAAUGGAAGACAAGAAAGCUGAAGACUCGCCUAGGCCAAAGACGGAAGGGAUGAGCGAUAUGGAGGUGGAUAUCAGAGGACAAGAAGAGAAGAUUGGACCAAAGCAACAGGGAGUACAGCAGCCAAACUCGGACGAAAAUCAUGAGGUCAACGGCAAACAAACGAAAGAGAGGAGAGCUGAGCACCCGAAUACCGCGCAACGAUUGAUGAUCGGGAGGGGUAACCGAUCAGGGAGUGCUGACGGGGACAAGAGCCAGCAGAGGCUGGCGGGCUGGAGGACACAAGGGGGAUGGCUACAUGAGUGUUCAGGAUCGGCACAAGAGGCAAGGCGAUCGGAGGAAGACCCCCUGUGGACCUCCGCAAAACAGAUGGGGGAGAAAGGCAAAGUGGAGGGGGGCGAUGACCCUGGGCACUCUCAGAUCUUGCAAGGAUUGAACGACCUCCGCCUGGGAAAGCCGCAUCCGUCAACGCUUAUUCUACCUAAGAACCAAACGCAACUCGAACAUGAGGCAAGGCAAGAAAUUGAGUCGCUCUGGAAUGCCAGCAUAGAAGAACCGCAGAUCUCGUUGGCGGGGAAAAAAAGAAGUAGGGCACAGAAAAAGAUGAGGGUGGCCCUUUCGGGAGCGUUGGCGCAAGAAACGAGUGCUUCAGAAGCGGAAAAUCUAAAACGUCAGCGGCUCCUUUUGAGAACGCCAAUGGACCAGCCUCACACGCUUACGGCUAUGAAGACGCAAGAGCAACAGACAAAUGUGGGGCCGGAAGAACAGGCGGAUCCGGAACCCGACACGACAUGGGCCAACCCCCUUGUUCUCAGCAGCUCUGCCUCCCUCUCGCUUCACCCCCUGAACGAGAUGGAACUGACGGAAUUCCAGAGGGUGGAGGAGGAGGAGAACCCGGGACCGAUACAGCAAGCGGAAGAGAAUCACGCGUUCAACGACAUACAUGUGCAACGCAUGCUGGUGCUAGAUGGGAGGUUUGAUGAGCUCCGACAACAAGACCGCCUUCGAAUUGUCCCCCUGGUGCUGCGUAUAUGGGAGGCCAAGCUCCAGCUAUUGUUGUGCCAACUGCAAAAGGAGACGAGACUGCCGACUAUCCCAUUCCUUAAAUUUGCUGGCCACCACUCCAUCCAGAAGGCGAUUGCAAUGGUGGAGAAAUGGCUUGGUCCGGACUGUGACGUGCUGCCAAUGAAGGGCGUGUCGGCGAUCCGACUGUUAUUACGAUCAGAAACUGGCGAGAGUCUUGGAGCUUAUUGCUUCAUGCUAAGAGCGGAAUCACAGAAGCAUGUUGACCGACUAGUAGCCCCCCGACUGGAAUGGGCAGAUUUAGAGCCCCUCACUGUAGAUCUUCCGAAUAUGGACGGAACUUCUACCACGCACGAAGAGACAAUUGAUAUCCUCGCCCUCCUCAAGAAACGACUUCUAGAGAACAAGCGGUUCACACAUGCAUCAUUCAUCACGGACCCCGAAACAUGGCUUCGGGGACCACGGCAGGGAGGAAAACAAUCGUCUCGAGCGAUUUGCUACGGGAAUACCCGCGUCUCUCGUCUGCGCGCCCCAUGGAAAAUGGUCACACUCCAGACCAUGGCCGACUCCAUUAGACUGGACCCGGCGGACGUGGAGAUGGCGCUGCUGCAGCCCCAACUCUUGAAGAACCUGAAACGCGGGGCUCUGUGGACUCCUACACAGUCGCACUGGAGCAAGCUUGAUCCGCUGCAGCUGCAAUCGCCAGAGACUGUAGACCAGAUACUCCAGCAGCCCAUAUUCGACAAUCCAGCCAUAUGCGACCAGACAGGCGUGGGAGAAUCCCUCCGCUGUGGAAUGGAUAGGACAGCCGCUCAAGUGAACCCCGGAACGGGACGGCAGGAUACCGGCGGACUUGGUGCGACAAGUAACCGUCUUGGCGGAGAAGCGGGGCGCUUCUCAGAGGAUCUUUUGCCUCUUCCGACCACAGAUGCGGCCGGAGCAGCUCGCCCUUGAUCCCACGAUGUGGACCUGGAAACACCAAGGCUUGCAGCGACGAUCGGUUCCACUGCACCAGGUC